AUGUUAUCGAGGAUUCCCAGUGGCAGGAUCAAGGCAAGCGAAGACUUUGAUAUCACACUUCACGAUGGGGCGCGUGGCCUGGUGAGUCGGGACCCCAUCACGGCACAGCUCGUAUACGAGGUUCAGGGUCCCUUCUACUUCGACCUCGACGUUGUUGCCGAAAUCAUCAAUGUUCAAUUAUUACCCAAUGACAAGGGCAUGGUCUCUGUCACCGCUUUUACGCGCGCUCCCCCGCCACCCACGACGAAGCUGGCCGUCUGCAUGCAAGGCGGUUUCCAGAUUGAGUACUAUCUUUUUGCCACGAGGCUUGACAUCGCAGAGAAGCUCGCAGACAUUCAGGGCUGUCUCAAUGAAAUGAUUACAAACCGUGUCGACUAUAGCGUCCUUACAGUAGAUCAAUACGGCACUCCCGGCCAAAAUCCAGCCAGCCAGGCUCUCGCGACUUGCAUGUUCCGAGUCUUUGCCCAAGCACCCACGGUCGAGACUCUGCUUACAUUGCCAAAAACGAUUGGAGGCUAUGGACUGGGGGGCUAUUGCGGGAGCACGCCUGCAUGGAUUUUCGCAUGGUUACUACGCUCUUUCCGGUACCCUUUGGCCCUACGUCCAUUUAUCGCUUACGAAACAUUCCUCAUACGGUAUGAUAGUGUCAACUUGCGUGUCAUAAUGGAUCAUGAGCAGAAAGCUGUACCACUGCCUACAAAGACCCAGCCAUUUGCUGGACAAGUCAGCUACGAUAGCAGCGAAACUCAUGACCAGGCCAAAUACGGCGCGAAUUGCCGAGCACCGCUUGGGGUCAAUGCCAACGUCGGUUUCUGGGUGCUGGAAGACGACGAGUAUGACUGGCUGCGCUCAUUUCUCUCAAUCAAUCGCAUCAAGCAGCUGCUCGGGGAUGACUACCUCGAGGGCUAUGAGAUUGAACACUUAGAGUUGAGGAACCUCCGCUGCGUUCAUUUCCUUGUUAAGGGGGUCCUUGAGGGCGAAAUCAGCUCGACUUAUUGA